AUGACAGUCUUGAACAAGGUCGAGGAGAACAUCUUCGCUUCCAAUCUAGGCCCGGAAUAUGUGGGAUUUGACCACAUUACGUGGUAUGUGGGCAAUGCGAAACAAGCAGCUUCUUACUACGUGACCCGGAUGGGAUUCAAGCAAAUCGCUUAUCGCGGUCCCGAAACUGGUUCUAGAAGCGUCGUAUCGCACGUCGUCUCCAACGGCCAAGCUAUCUUUGUUCUCACUUCUCCGAUCCGUUCCUUGUCAGGAACAGGCGAAUAUGACGAUGACGUUACCGAGGCGGAUCGGAGAUUGUUGGAGGAAGUUCACAGUCAUCUGAACAAGCACGGCGACGGUGUCAAGGAUGUUGCAUUCCGGAUCGAGGGCGAUAUCGAAGCUGUCUGGAAAAGAGCAGUAGAUCACGGAGCAGCUCCAGUUGCGGUCCCGACAACCUUGAAGGAUGACCAGCAUGGUUCAAUCACCCUGGCCACGAUUGGUACCUAUGAGGAUACAGUGCAUUCGUUGAUCAAUCGUCACCACUACUCCGGCCCCUUUCUACCAGGCUAUGAAGCCGUAACAGACGACGAUCCCAUCAAUCGGUUGCUGCCAUCGAUCGACUUCAUUGAGAUAGAUCAUUGCGUUGGCAAUCAGCCGUGGAACGGUGUCGAUCCAAUUGUCAAGUACUACGAGGACUGUCUUAACUUCCAUCGGUACUGGACUGUAGAUGACUUAAACAUGUGCGGCGAAUAUUCCGCCAUGCGGUCGAUCGUCGUCGCGUCGCCUAACGAAGUGAUUAAGAUGCCCAUGAAUGAGCCGGCUCAGGGUAAAAAGAAGUCACAGAUCGAGGAGUUCGUGAACUACUAUAACGGCGCUGGCGUCCAACACAUCGCUUUCCGAACACACGACAUCGUCACAGCUGUCAUUCGACUCAGAGAAAGAGGUGUAUCCUUCCUCGAUGUUCCCAGCGUAUACUACUCGGACCUGCGUCAGCGACUGUCACACACCGGACUGAUACUCGAGGAGGAUAUUGCCGUUCUGGAAAAGCUUCAUAUUCUGGUGGACUUUGACGAGAAGGGAUAUUUGCUUCAGAUCUUUUCCAAACAUGUGCUGGACCGGCCCACGGUGUUCAUCGAAGUCAUCCAGCGCAACAAUUUUGACGGCUUUGGUGCUGGAAAUUUCAAGAGUCUGUUCGAGGCUUUUGAACGCGAGCAAGCACGAAGGGGUAAUCUUUAG